CUUACCCAACUCAUUAUGGCUACCAACAAAAGCACUCGUCAAAUUUUACUGUCGCUUAUUGAUGACAUGGAGCUGAUUGCCAAAGAAAUGAUUGAGAACACAAUUGCUCAAAAGCAUCUUAAAUUAUCAGGGACAGAAUACGGUCAGCUGGUGCAGUUGUUAGUCGCUAAAAACAAUGAUUUAAAAUCAAUGCUCAAGCAGGCUGCUGAGCAAGAAAAAAUAAAUAUUAAAAUGGAAGCUCUCAAAGCUGAGGUCGACAAACAGGACCAGGAUAUCCAGCAGUUGCAGCGUCAACUUAAGGAAGCUGAACAAAUUUUGGCGACGGCUAUUUAUCAAGCCAAGCAGAAACUCGAGUCAAUUGCGCAGGCUAAUAAAAAGCCAGUACCUUCUGAGGAGCUUAUUAAAUUUGCUCAUAGAAUCAGUGCUUCAAAUGCUGUUUGCGCCCCUUUGACUUGGCAACAAGGAUACCUGGGACGUCUUAGCGACUUACCUCUCAAUGGUUCAUUACUAGGAUCUCAUCCAGGAAUGCCGGCUGACUUACACAGAGCUGGUGCAGGCAGCGGUACUGGAAGUCACCCAGAACCACCCGCGUCUUUAGCAAAUCAAUUUGCCUGGCACCCAUCCGGAGAAUCAAUGAACAUUACCAUGGGUGGAGGUGCUGGACAAGGAAGUGUGCCUAUCAAUACCCACAAACAGGAAAAUGAAGACGUUGAAGUUAUGUCCACCGAUUCAUCCAGCAGUUCUUCCAGUGAUUCACAGUAA